GUCAAUUUCGAAAUUCAAAAUAAUCGCAAUGAUUUCUUCGUGUUCUUCCGUACAGAUAUGGGAAAAUGAUGAUCUACCAAAUCAAAUAUGCAAUGCAUGUUUUCUUCAAUUAGAAAAUAUCACAAAUUUUAAACAAUUAUGUGAAAAAUCGGAUAAUUUGUUUCGCCAAAUAAUUGAACAAAAUAAGAAAACAAUAGAAACUGAUUCAGAUGAUAAUUUUGUAAUUGAUGAAUUACCAAAUAUAAAUAACGAAUCCGAAGACAAUAAUAUAAUAAAUGAAAACGAAAAAACUGAAAUAAUUAGAAAGCCUAAUGUAUAUGUUUGCGAUGAAUGUAAACAAGAAUUUGAGAAAGUAUGGUAUCUUGGUUAUCAUAUGCAUCGUUCCCAUAACGUGAAAGGUACUAAAUGCAGUAAAUGCUCGAUAAUAUGUUAUCAUCCAUUACACUUAAAUUUUCAUGAAAAAUCUCAUUCACCAUCGAAUGAAUAUGUAUGUGAAAUAUGUAAGAAAACGUUUUCAAAUUUACAUAAAUUAAUUCGUCAUAAAUCAGCCCAUGUGACUGAACGAUCAUUCCAUUGUUUACAGUGUGAUAAUUCUUUUAAAGAUAAAUGGGUACUUAAGAAGCAUGUAAAAACAAUGCAUUCAAUACUUUCACAAAAAUACGCAACAUGUCAUAUUUGUAAAAAAUCAAUGGUGGAAAGUCAUUUAGCACAACAUUUAACAAUACAUGGUAAACGUGAAACAGUUUCAUGCGAAUUGUGUUCCAAAAAAUUCUAUCAUCAAAAAUCAUUAGAAAAACAUAUCAAAUGCAUUCAUGAAAAUGUUCGCCAAGAAUGCAAACAUUUAUGUAAUAUUUGUGGUGUUGGUUUACGAUCUUUGGCUGAAUUAAAAAUGCAUUUAUUAACUCACACAAAAGAGAAACCAUUUUCAUGUGAUAAAUGUGAUAAUCGUUAUCGUACAAAAUCUGCGUUAAAAACUCAUAUCUUACGUGCACAUUUAGAUGAAAGAAAUCAUAUAUGUACCAUUUGUUCGAAAGGUUUUUAUGAAAGAAAAAUUUUAGAAAAUCAUAUGCGUACACACACUGGAGAAAAACCAUUUAAAUGUCACGUGUGUGAUAAAGCAUUUGGAUAUCAAAUUGUAUUGAAAACACAUAUGAAAGUACAUGAAAAUUCAAAAUGACACUAAUAGAAAUAGGUGGAGUUCCUCAAGGUUCUGUUCUUGGACCAAUAUAAUGUACAAAUAAUGUCGCAUAUCUACUGGAAUGAAAUGCAAUGUUGCUAGCUACAUCACAUAGUGAUAAUUUCUACCAAUUAAGAUCCAACAGUUAACUAAUGUACAAGAAGCACUGAAUGGUAAUAAAAUAUGGAUAGACAAAUGGACAAUGAGAACUAAUCUAACAAAAUCUGUACACACCCAAUCUGCUCAAUUUAAUGAAGAGAGAUUACUUAAGACUCAGUAACAUAUUUAGGAAUACAUCUCGAUAAAAACCUGGUACGGAGUAAUGAUGUAAUAGUUAGUUAUAUUAAAGCAGAAAAAAU